AUGACCUCACGGAAGGACCCAGACAAGAGCUGGGAGGAGAAGCAGCACCCAGAGAUCAAGUUGGAGCAGUCAAAGUUCAGCCUGAAGGGAGAGGAGGAGGAAGAGGAAAAAGAGGACAAGAUGGAGGAUGAUGCUGAGAAGAAUGAUGACUAUGAAGAGGAGGAUAAUGAUGAUGAUGAAGGUGACCAGGAUGAGGGGGAGGAAUGUAUGGAGGAGGAUGAAGUCAGAGCAGGUCCCUCAGUGUCACCGAAACAGCUGAGUCAGUGCCUUGAGUGUGGGCAGAGCUUCCCACGUGGCUCAGAGCCAGUGAAGCACCACUGCCGGCAGCCUGGCUCCCGGCCCUUCGUCUGUGGUGACUGUGGCAAGAGGUUCAGCUGGAACUCACACCUCAUCCGGCACCGCCGCACCCACACUGGAGAGAAACCAUUCACCUGUGCUGCCUGCAGCCAGAGCUUCACCCAGCGCUCCAAUCUCAUCCGGCACUGCCGCACCCACACUGGAGAGAAACGAUUCACCUGUGCUGACUGCGGCCAGAGCUUCACCCAGCGCGGCCAUCUCACCCAGCACUGCCUCACCCACACUGGAGAGAGGCCCUUCUCUUGUGACAGCUGUGGCAAGCGCUUCAGGCACAUGGCUCAUCUUAGGCAACACCACCUCACCCACACCAAUGAGAAGUCCUUCACCUGCAGAGACUGCGGCAAGAGCUUCAACCACAGCUCCACUCUCACCAUCCAUCGCCGCAUCCACACUGGAGAGCAUCUGUUCCCCUGUGCUGAGUGCGGCAAGAGCUUCACCACGAGCACUCGACUCAUCCGGCACCAACUCAUCCACAGCGCUGAGAAGCCCUACAGCUGUGCCGACUGUGGCAAGAGAUUCACCCAGAAGGUACAGCUCACAGAGCACCGUCGUGUGCACACUGGCGAGUCAUUCAGCUGUGCUGAGUGCGGCAAGGCCUUCAGCCAUAGGGGCACUCUCAUUCACCACCGCCGCACCCACACUGGUGAGAAACCUUUCACCUGUUCUGCCUGUGGCAAGAGUUUCAGCCGCAGGAGCCAUCUCAUUCGCCACUGCUGCACCCACACCUGUGAGAGACCGUUUACCUGUGCUGACUGUGGCAAGAGGUUCAGCCGCAGGGGCAAUCUCAUUGCUCACCGCCGCACCCAUACUGGUGAGAAACAUUUCACUUGUGCUGACUGUGGGAAGAGCUUCAGCCGCAGUGACCAUCUCAUUGGUCACCGCCGCACCCACACAGGUGAGAAGCCGUACACCUGUGCUGACUGUGGGAAGAGCUUCACCCAGACGGGAUCUUUGGAGGGUCACUUCCGCACCCACACUGGAGAAAAGCCUUUCACUUGUGCUGAUUGCGGCCAGAGCUUCUCCCGGAGCUGUCAUCUCAGGCGACAUUGCCUCACUCACACUGGAGAGAAGCCCUUCAGCUGUGGCAACUGUGGCAAGAGGUUCAGCCAGAGCUAUGGUCUAAGCCUGCACCACCUCACCCACACCAGUGAAAAGUUAUUUAACUGUAAGGACUGUGGUAAGAGCUUCAAACACCGCUCCUACCUCACCAUCCACCGCCGCAUCCACACGGGAGAGAAUCUGUUCCCCUGUGCUGAGUGCGGCAAGAGCUUCACCACGAGCACCAUAUACAUCCAGCAUCAACUCAUCCACCGCGGUGAGAAACCGUACAGCUGUGCCGACUGCGGCAAGCGUUUCACUCAGGAGGGACACCUCACCAAGCACCGUCGUGUGCACACUGGCGAGAAAGCUGUCAUCUGUGACGACUGUGGCAAGAGCUUCAGCAGCAUCUCCUCUUUGAACCACCAUCAACUCAUCCACAGCGGUGAGAAGCCCUACAGCUGUGCCGACUGCGGCAAGAGCUUCACCGCGAGGGGCAACCUCAACCAGCACCGUCGUGUGCACACUGGCGAGAAGACGUUCAGCUGUGCUGAGUGCGGCAAGGCCUUCAGACAUAGGGGCACUCUCAUUCACCACCGCCGCACCCACACCGGUGAGAAUCCUUUCACCUGUUCUGAGUGUGGCAAGAGCUUGAGCCGCAGGAGCCAUCUCAUUGUUCACUGCCACACCCAUACUGGUGAGAGACCGUUCACCUGUGCUGACUGUGGCAGGAGCUUCAGCCGCAGGGGCACCCUCAUUGCUCACUGCCGCACCCACACCGGUGAGAAACCUUUCACUUGUGCUAACUGUGGCAAGAGCUUCAGCUGCAGGGCCAAACUCAUUCACCACCGCCGCGCCCACACCGGAGAGAAGCCGUUCACCUGUGCUGACUGUGGGAAGAGCUUCAGCCGCAGUGACUAUCUCAUUUCUCACCGCCGCACCCACACCAGUGAGAUGCCAUUCACUUGUGCUGAUUGCGGUAAGCACUUCACCCAUAAGGUAUUCCUCAAUAAGCACCGAUGCAUCCACACUGGCUCCCGGCCCUUCGUCUGUGGUGACUGUGGCAAGAGGUUCAGCUGGAACUCAAACCUCAUCCGGCACCGCCGCACCCACACUGGAGAGAAACCAGUCACCUGUGCUGCCUGCGGGGAGAGCUUCACCCAGCGCUCCAAUCUCAUCCGGCACUGCCGCACCCACACUGGAGAGAAACCAUUCACCUGUGCAGACUGCGGCCAGAGCUUCACCCAGCGCGGCCAUCUCACCCAGCACUUCCGCACCCACACUGGAGAGAGGCCCUUCUCUUGUGACAGCUGUGGCAAGCGCUUCAGGCACAUGGCUCAUCUUAGGCAACACCACCUCACCCACACCAAUGAGAAGUCCUUCACCUGCAGAGACUGCGGCAAGAGCUUCAAACACAGCUCCACUCUCACCAUCCAUCGCCGCAUCCACACCGGAGAGCAUCUGUUCCCCUGUGCUGAGUGCGGCAAGAGCUUCACCACGAGCACUCGACUCAUCCGGCACCAACUCAUCCACAGCGCUGAGAAGCCCUACAGCUGUGCCGACUGCGGCAAGAGCUUCACCCAGAAGGUACAGCUCACAGAGCACCGUCGUGUGCACACUGGCGAGAAGGCUUUCAGCUGUGCUGAGUGCGGCAAGGCCUUCAGCCAUAGGGGCACUCUCAUUCACCACCGCCGCACCCACACCGGUGAGAAACCGUUACCUCACUGUGGCAAGAGCUUCAGCCGCAGGGACACUCUCAUUGGUCACCGCCGCACCCACACUGGUGAGAAGUCUUACACCUGUGCUGAUUAUGGUAAGAGCUACACCCAGACGAGCCCUGACAGCGCGGCACGGCUGUGCCCUGAUCAGGAAAUAGAGACCGGCACCGACCGCCUGGCUGUGCCGCGGGGUUGCUGCUUCUCCCAGAGCACAAAGGUCCUGGAGCCUCCCAGGGGAAGCUUCAGAGGCUUUUGCCGCUGGCUCCACGCAGCGCAGCCCCUGGCAAAGGUUCCCCGCUCCGGGGGCUGCGGCGCUUCAGGACUGGCGGUGUGCAGGGGCCGCCAUGGUUCCCUCCCGUGGCGAUGGCUCACGCGGCAGUUGCCCCCACGCUCCGCGGCACCGCCCCCAGCCGGGCAGCAGUGGCAGUGUGCGGCGAGGCCUUCUGCAGCGCUGCUUCAAGGCCCGGGCGAGGCGGAGCGGAGCGGCACAGAGACGCACACAGGCAUAGGCACCGACACCAGCGUGGGGGGCACUUGUCGGCUGGAGGAGGACAUGGGGGUGGCACUUAGCAAAGAAGAAGAGGCUGUGCUGAAGGUCCUCCAAGAUAUCCUCUCCAUGAGAGGUAUUACUUAUGAUUCUGGGACUUUAAAAGGGCUAUUAGCCUGGGCCCGGGAUCAUGGUCUAAUCCCCACAGUAAAUGAAGCUUUUACUUCCGAAGCUUGGGACAAAAUUGGAACCCAACUGUGGGAUGAGGUGUCUCGGGGCUCGAAAAGGGCUUUUCGCUAUGGCACCUUGUGGCGAAUGGUUACAGACGCAUUGCAAUUGCUGAAAGCAGAAAAAUCUGCUCUCGAUUCGGCUGCAGCAGCGCUGAUUGAACCCGGGACAAAAAAGGGAGACGCAGAAUGCUCUGCACCCCCCCCGUUCCCCCUCCCUACACCGUCCGCUGUCGCAUCAGCCUCCUUGCCACAAAUACAAGCAAAAUCACUAGCUAUUUCUUCUCCUGCACAAGUUGCGACCUCUUUAUUACCGUCCGUUUGCACGGCAAAAUCUGCAUUACUAGCAACAAAUUCCGACCCGACAAAUUCCGACCCGACCGCAGAAACACCCACAGACAAGAUGGCGGUCACUACGCAGUUAGAAUUACAACAAGACUCCUCGUCUGCCAUCUUGGUGCACACAUCGCGUUCAGCAGAUGCUACACCUGCUGUCCAUCCCAAACGGUGGAAAAGCAAUUCAAAGUCAUCGAAGUCCGUGGCUCGGCGUGCUCGAUCCCCAUCGUUGUCGUCUUCUCCCAACACUGCCAGCAACAGCUCAGAUUCAGGAGACGAACGCACUGAUGCCAGGACGCGGAACAGCGUCGGCGUUAUUCUACAGCUCCUUCUAGAGAAGAUGGACUGCUUGGAGGCUCGUGGCUACGGCGUUGCCGCAACCCUAGUGGCCCGGGCAGGCCCUGCUGCCCCCGCAGUUCCGGCUGCUCCCGCGGCCCCCGCAGCUCGGGCUGUCCCCGUGGUCUCAGUGGUCCUGGCGGUCCCGGCCCCAGCGGUCCCAGCAGUCCCGAGCGACGUGAUCCGGAUCGGUGCACCACAGAUGCCAGCAUCGACCAUGGUGGCGGCGUCGGCGUCAGUGGUCUCCGCCCCGGCAGCUGUGAAGGCCGUCCCCGCCCCGUCAUUAUCGGGAGACGACACCGUCGUGACCAAAAACCAGCUUGUAUUACGAUGGGCCGAUAAUAUCGUCUACCUCUAG